ACAUAAAGAAUUUGUUAAAAAAAAAAAAAAAUCUGACUUUCUAUAGUUUGGUAUUAUUUACAAUUUAACAACUUAGUCCCGCUGUCCACAUUUGUGGACAUUUAUUGAUUUAUUGCUUGUUUAUUAGGUGCUACUAGUUAUAAAUCAAAAAGGGAAAUGGAAAAUGACACACCAGUUAUGCUCGGGUCUCAGGAAGAUAACUUUUACAAUACCCUGUACAGAUGAGCAAUACAUAACCUUAUAUUUGAGCAUUUUGUGAUAGGAGGCCUAAUAGAUCUGAAGUGAUUUAGUAAUCAUUUAGCUGAUCCUUUCAACAACAUACAGCCCACUUGCUACAGGGACAAUCCCUCUGCCGCACCCUGAGGUUGAAUGCUGUAGGCUGCUCAAGAGCACAAUUUUGGGGGCAUUAAAUUUACUCAUAAACUUUUCAAUAUUUCAACAAAAUCAACCUAAUAUUACACAUGUAAACACAUUUCUUUACUGUAUAGCAGUGUUACCUUCUUAUUUAUGUGCCGUUGAUUAUUUUCAUGUAAUUUCCAAUAAAAGUGGACAAUCAGAUUUACAUCUGAUCUGAUUUUUGUCUUCUUCAUUAAUGCGUUUUAAAUGCUUUUUAUGGUUUCUAGCAGUGUGGUCAAAUAGCCUAUCUCUGUUACAUGUCAAAUGGCCUUCACCAGCCAUCAUAUUUUAUUUGAUUUCAUUUGGAUUGAGUGUCAUUAAAUAAAAAGUGGGAUCUACAUGCUGUUAACUGUAAAAUGUUUCGUCAGGUAACCUAAAAAUGUGCUUCAUGUGGUAAAAACUAAAAUAAUCUCUUUUUUUCCCCAAGUCAGAAAUGAGGUUAUUUAAUACUAAACCAACCUGACAUAUUAGACCAAAGACAGUAUUUUUUAAGAUCAGGCUGAAAUAACUUAAAGGAACACCCGCACAUGUUCACAGACAGUGUAGAGGAAUUCCACUGUGAGAAAAAGAGAAAGUCUUGAUUCUCAAUCAUCAAAUCAUCGCGUCACGUGAACUGGAGGGGGGAGGGGGGGCUGACAUAAAUUGGCAAUUUCAAAAAUUUGACACAUAGUCCACUGUACUGUUAGGGUAUUGUUUUCGCAAACGUUCGAAAAAUGUAUUAGAAUCUGACAAAUUUGAAAUUUCUCAAACUGGAUUUCAAAAAGGAUAGUGUCUUCCGUCAUGGCAAAUAUUCCAAAGGCACCAAAUGAUCGAAUUACCGUUGAAAAAGUCGCGCGUAGCCCGAAGUGCGCGAGAUGUCGAAACCACGGCUUCGUAGUCCCGUUAAAAGGCCAUUCGGGCAAAUGUCAGUUCAGGUCGUGUUUGUGCUGGAAGUGCUCUCUCAUCGCCGAGCGGACGAAAAUCCUGGCGUCUCAAAGACGGAUCAAAACCGUUAAUGGAAACGAAUCACCGAACGCCGAGAGCGCGGCGGCACAUCGUCCAGGAAAUACCGCUCUAACUGGUGGAACAAAUAAUACUUCAGCUAAUGGAGUGAACGGUGAAACCGACGUCAGCGCGAAUUCAAGAAAGGAGGGUGAAAUUAAAGCGCCCGUUAAAAGCUACACUGAACUCCGCGCGACCGCUCCGGUAAGCACCUACGGCUCCGUGAGUCCUAGUGAAGUGAAAUCAUCGGCGGGUCUGAGCGCUCCAGACGAAGCUCUCGGAGAACCACCAUCUUUUCCAGGAGAGUACAUGAUUACAGAGGCGAUUCCGAGGCACAUUUAUCCAGGAGAGCUGUUUGCAAUGCCUCUUCCAAUGUACUCGCAUUACCCGGACAGAUACAUGUACCCCGCUGUGCUGGUAACCCUGAGAUCACCUGCACCCGGUACCUUCAGGGAGCCCAUUGGGUUUCUCCCCUCACCACCAGGUUCACUGUCUCACCAAAUGGAGACUUGUGAAUCGCAGAUUCAUGUGCCACUUUAUAGUUUGUACCCUACAUAUCCAGCACUAAGUGACGAGCAUGGACCAAGCCCUCACCACCACCCACAGUCUCACAUGGAUGGAGAACAAGGAACAUCCAAAGUUCCUCCUCAAGCUGGAUGCAUCUCAGGCAUAAAAUAAAGCAACUUUGAUUAGCUACAUAUAACAGCUAUACUAUGCAACAUUAACAUUCAAUUAUAUCCUCUAAAAUGACCAAUUAUGUUCUGAUUGCAGUUUUAGUAUUGUGACAAUACAUUAUUAGUGAAUGUUUAGAUUAGAAAAUUAAUUAUCCUGUUUUUUACAGAAAGUUGAGUUUGUGGCCACCAUGAAGCAGACGUUGUACCUGUUGAUAGUCCUUCCACAAAAAGUGCCCCAUGAGUAUACAAGACCUUCAGUUCUUUCUUGAAGGAAGCCACGUCUUUUGUCCUUUUUCUUGGUUAACACACGCAUUCAAGUGUACACGGUUUACUUUGUAAAACCCAAAGUAUGAGUUCUCAGUGUUUUCAAUGGCAGCUAUAAUACAUGUUCAUUACAGCGAUGUUGAUGCAUCCGUGAUAUGUAUAAGAUGCAACUGAAAUCAAUGUUUUUUUUUUUUUUUUAUUGUUCCAGUAGAGAUAACAGUUUUGAUAAGUUUUUAUACUACUGUUAGUUUAUUACUGAAUUGAUAAUGAUAUCAGUAUUCAUUGCCUGUUGCACUAGUUUUACAUACAAUUGUAAUUCCAACCAAUUAAGUUGGAAAGAUGAAUGUCACAAGCAGUUAUGCUUAGUAUUUUUAUCGUAGUUUUUUUUUUUUUUUUUAAGGGAACAGUAACGUUAAGGUCCUGGGUUCAGGAUUGUUUUCCUAAUCCCAUAAAAGUGACUUUGACAAAUAAAUUGUUCAGUUCUGAUGAUAUUUUGUCUGAAAUUUAACUGAAGCAACUCACUUUAGCUCACACAUUUCAUCUCAGUAUUUUCGAUUAACACAUUUUGCUCUUGUAACUCAGACUACCAUCCUGUUUGCACUCUGAAAGAGACAUUAAAAUUCCCAGAAUGAAUAUCUUGCUUCAUUUGCUCAUCUAAACCCAGAUGGCAUAUGAACUACACUGUCAGAAUACUCCAAACAGAACUAGUGGGCAGAUAAACUAAUUUCAAUCUCAUGAAUAUUAAUGUGCUCUUCUGGCUCGGAGGAGUGCUGAAUUUAAAACUAAUCCAAUGUGUGCCAAAUUCUAAUUUGUGUACAAAAUAUAAACAGAUAAGCAUUAUGUUUUUUCCCAUUGCAAAUAUUACUGUGAAAAGUUUAUAUUUGCUGAUUUAGUGCAGCAUGGUUUGCUUGCAACAACAAGAAUUACAGGGAAAGAAAACAAACAUUUCCAAAUCUUAAAUAUUCCAUACAAUAAUGAGAGAAUUUUUAUUUUUAGGUGAACUAUCCCUUUAAUUAUAAGAAUUUAAUGAUCAAAGUUUUUCAGUCUCUUUCUGUUUAUAUAUGUUUAAAUGACAUUUUAAUGUUUAUAAAAACAAAGCAGACUAUACUGUCAUUGUUUGUCAUACUUAUGCAUUAAAAAU